AUCACGCGCGACGAGUUCACGCGGGGCCUCGACGAGAUCAGCGUCGCCGAGGCCGACGCGGAGAUUUUAGAGCGCCUCUUCACCAUGUUCGACAAGAUGGGCGACGGCCAGAUCAACUACCGCGAGUUCGUCGUCGGCGUGAGCCCGCUGGCGCGGGGGGACGUGCCCCAGAAGCUCCAGUUCGCCUUCGAGCUCUACGACGUCGACGAGACGGGCCACGUCAAGGCCGCGGAGAUGUGCUUCGUGCUCAACGCGAUGAACAACGUCGCGUCCUGGUUCGGCGACCCGGCCAUGCAGCCCGACGAGAUC